GGACGCCAUGUUGGUCAAGGGCAGUGCUCUGGCCCUUAAGGACCUUUUCAGAAGCCAGGAAGGCUCUAGCGUUUCCACAUAUUCCGGAAGCCUCUCUUGGCGUAGCACUGGAGAGCUUGCCCAUGGCGCCGCCCCUGGCCCCUCUCCCGGCGGAUGUACCCGGGGAGGCCGGGAGAGGGCCGACGAGAGAAAGCAGCCCCGGGGCCGUGAGCUUCGCGGACGUGGCCGUGUACUUCUCCCCCGAGGAGUGGGGCUGUCUGCGGCCCGCGCAGAGGGCCCUGUACCGGGACGUGAUGCGGGAGACCUACGGCCUCCUGGGCGCGCUCGGAGAGGUGGAGGCGUGGAGCCCGGAGGCCCAGGAUCCAGAGGGUGAGACCCGAGCAGCUGUCAUCAGAGACAGGGGAUCCAGGGAUGAGAGUGAAGAGAAAGAAGAACUGAAGAAGAGUCCAAAGCAAAAAGAGAUGGAGCAUGAGGAAGUGUCUCUCGAGGAGUGGUUACCAUCCAGCAGGCCAUCUGGUGCCAAUCACAGAGCCUCCUGCCCAGCGCUCUGCUGGAACUCAGGGCGGAGCCCAGUCAAGCCUUGGUUCAAGGACACCACGACCCGCAAAUCACCCUACUCUUGCCCAGACUGUGGCCACAACUUCAGCUACCCCUCCCUCCUGGCCAACCACAAGCAGGUCCACUCUGGGGAGCAGCCCUUCCCCUGUGACCAGUGCCAGGCUCAUUUCUCCCAGCGCAAGUACCUGCUCCAGCAUCAGGUCAUCCACACAGGUGAAAAGCCCUACUCCUGCCCUGACUGUGGACGACGUUUCCGCCAGAGGGGUUCCCUGGCCAUCCAUAGACGGGCUCACAGCGGGGAGAAGCCCUACCCAUGCCCAGACUGCCAAAGUCGCUUCACUUACCCCUACCUGCUAGCCAUCCACCAGCGCAAACACACAGGCGAGAAGCCCUACAGCUGUCCCAGCUGCGGCCUCCAUUUUGCCUACAGCUCCCUGCUGGCUAUCCACAGGCGCACACAUACGGGCGAGAAGCCCUACCCUUGCCCAGACUGUGGCCUCCGCUUCACCUACUCAUCUCUCCUCAGUCACCAGCGCAUUCACUCUGACAGCCGGCCCUUCCCCUGUCCAUAGUGUGGGAAAGGCUUUAAGCGCAGGUAUGCCUUGGAAACCCAUCAGUGGGUCCACUGCUCUGGCAAGAGGCUGAGGUGGCGACGGCCUGCAGUAGGGCUCUCGGAGCCGAUCCUUGUUUUGGGAGGCCAGGAUCCCCCAGUUCAUUUCCGGUACUUUCCAGAUAUAUUUCAAGAAUGUGGGUGAUAGAGCUCACAAGAGAUGUUUUCUUUGGAAGGGAAAAGGCAAAGUUUAUGCAUUUGGGGGAUAAGGAAUGGAAAGGAAGUAGGCAUUGAAGGAAAACAAAGCUCUGAGUUAAGGGAGCACAGAGCUGGUCCUUUGGAAGGAGGCAGGAAUCUGAAAGGCCACCUGAAGGCUGACCCCAUUUUCUGAGCUCCUGCUCCCACUUCCAAGUCCCACUUGGAAUUUCUUCCCAGCAAAUCAUUUACCUACCUGGCUUUCCACCACCCCCCCCCCCGGAUUGUUCUCUCCAUUAGAGCAUUCUGCUUUCUGGCCUGUAACUCUCCUGUUCCUUAGAGAUGGGGUCCCCACAUGCAAGAACACACCUUGGGCCUAUCCCCUGGGGGGCGGGGGGAAGCUCAUCCAAGGAUUCUUUUACCCAGUGCCGAUGAGACAUCUGGCAAGGAGACGCAUGCGGUGUCAAGCCACCGUUGGCACUCUUUGGUCUUAAAAUCUUGAAGGUGACCAUAGGGAGGAGAACAAUGGCUUCAGGUGGGGAACCAUCCUGCCCCAUGCUCACUCUGCUCCUAGUGCACAAAAGUAUCAAGCUUAGUGUAAAGGGGUUUUUUUUCCCCCUCAAACUUUUAUGAAUUAGUGAUUGCAGUGUUUUUCUCUUCAGAUAUUUGCAUGUCGUCCGGAUUUUACAUCUCCUGAAUAAAGAUGUGUUCUUGGGCUACAGCAACUGGAAACAUAAUGUUGGCACUUCUAUUUAAGAGAGUAAAUUACUUGUGAUUAGGCUUGAAAUCAAGGCCAAGUAUCUCCAGUGUAGUUUUUAGUGUAAUGCUUGUAUGUGUCAGCAGUUAGGAGGGGUCUUUCUGACCCACUUUGAUCUGCUAGCCGUACUUCUGAUCAGGAGACUACUGAUGGAAUCAGGACGUGGGUGGGACUAAGCACAGCUGCAUGCUAGGAGUGGUCCUGGGGGACUCAGUUAUCUCUGUGAACAAGAGACUGCUCUUGGAACCCCUGGGUUCCAAAGAUGAUUAUGAAUGGAAACUGGGUGUUAUUUUACCACACCACAUAGGCUCUCCUGAAUUGGUAAGACCUGGAUUCCAGGUUUGGCUCAGUCCCCACUAGCUGUGGGGCCAUAAGCUUAUCAUUCAACCUUUCUAAGCCUUCACUGUCUCGCUUGGCAACUCCACAGGGUUGUCUGAGAUAAAACAUGAAAGCACCUCACAGAUCGUCGUAGUUUGAAGAACAAGUGGCUGAGUGCCCCCACAACGUUUUACUAACAUUUUUCGUUCAAAAGAGUUGUAAGAAUUUUUUUGGGAAACACUCACACCCUUUCUAUAAUCUAGAUUCUAUAAUUGUGCUACAUUUGCUUUAUCACAUGUCAAUCGAAUCCAUCCCCUAACUGUUCAUUUAUACAUCUUAUUUCACAGUAAGUUGCAGGCAUCAUUAUACUUCAUCCCUAAACACUUCAAUGGAAGAAGGCUAAGCUUUAUGCAAGAAACUUUAGCUCUCCCUUAAAAUUCAGAUACGCUGGCACGCCUGGGUGGCUCAGUCAGUUGAGCCUUGGACUCUUGGUUUCAGCUUGGGUCGUGAUCUCAGGUUUGUGAGAUGAGCCCUGUGUGGGGCUCUGCGCUCAGUGUGGAGUCGGCUUGA